AUGACCUGCGCCGCCUGCGUCUACCACGUUGAGCGGGCACUUGGCGGCGUUCCGGGAGUCGCGAAGGCCACCGUCAGCCUGGGUGUGGAGCGGGCUACCGUGGAAUACGCGCCCGGCCUUACGGGCCUGGAAGACCUGCGGCGCGCCGUCGAGGGGGCGGGCUAC